GAAUUAAUGGUGAUAAUUGUGCCAUGAUUAAUCAUAAAUUCAUAAAUGAAUCAGUGAAAUCACUCAUUUCAGUACUGUAAUCUGAUUAUUAUACUUUUUGUAAAAUGAUUCAACAAAUCUGAUUAAUCAUCCGUAUGAUUCAGUUACUGUUCAUUUUAAAUGAGUCAACAAAUCAGUUUUAAGUAAAUGUGAUUUAGAAUCUUUAGUAAAUGACUCAGUGAUUCAGUUCAAACAUUACUGUGAUUCUAUUAUUCAACACACCAAAAUAAAAGUCCUCAGCCUCAGUGUAAGAUACUGAAUGAAACUCCACCUUCCUGUUUAACCGGUUUCACACACACACACACACACACACACACACACACACACACACACACACACACACUCUUUAUAUUGUAGAGCCUGUUUCCCUCCCACAGAGCCACGUCUCUCUCACACACACACACACACACACACACUCUCUGGUCGGUGGAGGAAGUGAUGGCUGGGCCGAGGCCGGUGGUACUGAGCGGACCCUCGGGGGCGGGGAAGAGCACUCUGCUGAAGAUGCUGAUGAAGGAGUUUGAGGGCGUGUUCGGCUUCAGCGUUUCCCAUACGACACGGAAACCUCGCCCAGGAGAGGAGAACGGCAAAGAUUAUCACUAUGUGAGCAGGGAGGUGAUGCAGGCUGGGAUUGAUAAAGGAGAUUUUAUUGAAAACGCUGAAUUCUCAGGGAACAUGUACGGAACCAGUAAAGUCGCGGUUCAGGACGUUCAGGCCCGGAACCUCAUCUGCAUUCUGGAUAUCGACAUGCAGGGAGUGAAGAACAUCAAAAAAACCGACCUCAACCCCAUUUACAUCUCCAUCCAGCCCCCCUCCAUGGACAUCCUGGAGAAAAGAUUACGGGACAGAAAAACAGAAUCAGAGGAGAGUUUACAAAAACGCCUGCAGGCAGCGAACGUCGACCUGCAGAUCAGUAAGGAGGCGGGGCUGUUUGAUGUGGUAAUAGUGAAUAAUGAUCUGGAGGAGGCGUACAGGGAUCUGAAAGGUGCUCUGCUGGAGGAGAUCCAGAAAGUCCAGAAGGGAUCCGCUAAAGCCUGAACCGGACCACCGCCCACCGGACCGGACCGGACCGGACCGGAGUCCACCACCCACCAGAACUCUGUCCAGCCUUUCCAGAACAUUCCACACACACACACACUUCCACUGCGCUACUGCAGCUUAACACCGUCUACAGCCAAAGAGACCAAUCACAGGCACCUCCCACCCUGUCCCCGCCCCCGUCCCGCCCCCUCACCUCUAAGGGGCGGAGCUUCAGACUCCGGGACUCUGAAGAUAUAGCACACUCUCUCUCUCUCUCUCUCUGAGGGGGCGGGGUUUAAUAUUCCGCUGUGAUUGGUCGUCUCUGGCUGAAGCUGAGGACUCUGAGACCAGGAUUCACUCGUUUUAUUCCUUUAUUACUCGCUUUUUCAGGUUUUUUCAGGGUUUAUGAGAGUUUUUGAGGAUUUUUAAAGCGUCUCUUAUUAUUGUUUUAUUUUAGUGUUUUGUUACGUUUUUAUCAGUUUCGUCUGCAGGAAGAGACGCUGCGCUCAUCAGACUCCAGCGUUUAUAUAAACAGUAACGUUACAGUAACUCCAGCUGCGAGCCGUAUUUAUGGUAUUUAUCAUGUGCGCACUCUUUAUCACUGUUUAACUGUGUUUCUGUGGCUUAAAGACACUCUGGAAUGUUCGGAGCUGUUUGUGUUCAGUGUUCUGCGUAUUCCUGAUUAAUAAUAGAAGUGUGAUCUGUUUUUAUUUUAGUUUAGCUUUUUAUAAAACACCAAUUUUCACCAGUUUUCAGAUUAUUCUGCAGAAUUAAGUGGAUAAAAUUCAAGAUUAGUGAAAUAAACGCAAUGGAUUUCUUUACAGUGGUGAAUAAAGAUUAUAAAAUGUUGAAAUCACGUAUCACAAUAAUUAAUGUAUUACAAUAUAUUGAUGCGAUACUGUAACAUUAAAUACACCUCUGAAAAAUAUUAAUAAACCGUUUCAAAACGA